AGACACUUGUAAAAAACGGAGUAAUCCUUAAUUCCUUAUAACAUUAACCAAAUACUCCAUAUAAAGGUUUUGGUUAUGGAGUACUACUUUGAAAUGAAUGAAUAAAAAAGAUUUUACCAUAAUUUAAUUUUUUAUUUUAUUUUUUUAUUUUUUAAAUCCUGUCAUUUUAUCAAAGGUUGUUUAGGCAAACUAUCCUCUUUCAACCUUCUUCAACAUCUAUCCUUCCCUCACUUCUCUGAGAUAUGAAUUUUAACUUUCUACUGCGGAGUAUCUACCAUGCCAUCAAUCUUCCCAUUUCUUGUAUGAAUUGAGUAUUUGAGUGUGUCAUGUACAUCCUUCAGCAAAAUUCUAUCUUCUUGCUUAAUUUGGGUGAGCUUAGAGAAGCGGCUGCAAUGCCAGUAAAUUCAAUGGGUUGCAUUUCAUUGCCAAUGGGGUUCAUGCUUCAGACACCUGCUAUUGGAGUUGUUUCUAAUGUGAGAAGAAAGAAUGAGCAAAAAUUGGUUUUAGUAUCGAGGCGACGAAAUUAUGUUAAUAAUGCUCUCUCAGCUUCACAGAUAGAGAGAGACAAUAUUGUGGAAGAAGACACUAAAUUUAAGUCUUCAUUUGACAAGUAUUCAAAGGCGAUGGAGUCUAUUAGGACUGAUAGAGAGAAGAAGAAAGUUAAGGGAGGGAGUGCCCCUGGAAAGAAGCAGACUGAUGUUGCAUUCAGUAAAGAUGUUCUACAGCACCGUAAACGGGGUGACACUGUUCAAGAAACGUGGCUUAGAAAGUCGGAUUCUAAGGAAGGAGAUAGACGCUCUGAAAGGUUUAAAGGAGUUGCUGUAAAGAAAAAGGUGGGUGGUAGGGUUCAAGCAAGAAGCAAUGUUGCAUUCAGUAAAGAUGUCCCACAGCAACGAAAACGGGGUGAGACUAUUCAAGAAACGUGGCUUAGAAGGUCAGUUUCUAUGGAAGGAGAUAAAUUCCCUGAAAAGUUUGAAGGAGGUGUUGAAAAGAAAGAGGUGGGUGGUAGGGUUCAAGCAAGAAGGAAUGUUGAAUUUAGUAAAGAUGUUCCACAGCUUCAGAAACGGGGAGAGACGGUUCAAAAAACAUGGCUUAAAAGGUCGGAUUCUAAGGAAGGAGAUAAAUGCUCUGAAAGUAUUGAAGGAGUUGCUAAAAAGAAAGAGGUGGGUGGUAAGGUUCAAGCAAGAAGCAACGUGUCAUUCAGUAAAGAUGUUCCGCAGCUUCAAAAACGGGGUGAGACUUUUCAAAAAACAUGGCUUAAAAGGUCGGAUUCUAAGGAAGAAGAUAAAUUCUCUGAAAGUUAUGAAGGAGUUAGUAAAAAGAAAGAGGUGGGCAGUAAGGUUCAAGCAAGAAGCAAUGUGGCAUUCAGUAAAGAUGUUCCACAGCAUCAGAAACAGGGCGAGACUGUUCUAAAAAAGUGGAUUAAUAGGUCGGAUCCUAAGGAAGGAGGUAAAUCCUUUAAAAGGUUUGAAGGAGUUUCUGAAAAGAAAGAGGUGGGUAAAAGUGUUCAAGCAAGAAGCAGUGUAGGACCACAGAAAGAGUUGAGCUAUGUAGGACCAAAAACUGGUUUAAGCAAGAAACUUGAUGUGGACACCACUGCUUCUACAAGGACUAAGUUCAUUAAAGAGAAGAGCAUGCCAGUGAACGAGACGAGUGUUGAUGAUGAUUUGGGAAUGGAAAGUUUUAUCUUCCAACAGCCUGAGUUGCUAAAUAGUGAUCUGGAUGGGCCGCGAGUUUCAAAGAUGAUAAUGGAUGAAAGGAUAGAGAAUCUUGCUAUAUGUUUAAAUGAUGCUAAUACGGACAUGCCAGAGUGGAUGUUUGCUAAGACGAUGAGAAGUGCUAGAAUUAGAUAUUCUGAUCAUUCUAUGUUUAAGGUUAUUCAGAUAUUGGGUAAAUAUGGAAAUUGGCGAAGGGUGCUGCAAUUAAUUGAUUGGCUUCAAAUGCAAGAGCGCUACAACUCCAAUAAUAUCAGAUAUGUCUACACAGCUGCACUGGGUGUGCUUGGGAAAGCAAGACGACCUGUGGAAGCACUAAAUCUGUUUUGCACGAUGCAGCGACACAAGACUACUUAUCCUGACAUUGUGACUUAUCGCUCAAUUGCUGUUACUCUUGGGCAAGUUGGUCAUAUGAAGGAACUUUUUGAAGUAAUUGACAGCAUGAGAUCUAUGCCAAAGAACUUCAAGAUUGAAGAUAAUGAUGAUUGGGAUCCACGGCUUGAGCCCGACAUUGUUAUUUACCAUGCUGUUUUGAACGGUUGUGUUAAGAGCAAACAAUGGGAAGGAGCGGUAUGGGUUUUGCAGAAAUUGGAAGAAAUUGGUCAAAAGCCAACAAGCACAACAUACGGACUUGCUAUGGAGGUUAUGUUAGCAUGUGGAAAGUACGACUUGGUCUAUGAGUACUUUAAGGAAGUGCAACGAUUUACUGUCCCUAGUGCUUUAACAUAUAGAGUUCUUGUUAAUACUCUUUGGAAAGAAGGUAAACCAGAUGAGGCUAUUGCAGUUGUUCAAGACAUGGAAUAUCAGGGACGAGUAGGUCCAGCCAGUCUUUAUUAUGACCUCGCCCGUUGUCUCUGUAGUGUGGGAAGGUGUGAAGAAGCUUUGAUGCAAGUCGACAAGAUAUGUAAAGUUGCUAGUAAACCUCUGGUGGUGACUUUUACUGGUUUAAUCCAAGCCUGUUUAUCCAGUAAAAAUAUUCAUGAUGCGACAUACAUCUUCAAUUAUAUGCAAAAGUAUUGUUCCCCAAAUACUGCAACUUGUAACAUUAUGCUUAAAGCAUAUCUUGGAUAUGGGAUGUUUGAUGAGGCUAAAGAGAUCUUUCAAAAAAUGAUACAAAGUGGAAAGGAAAGCAGAAAAAUCAGGAGCGGGAUUGUUCCUGAUGUCAGUACAUUUAAUACAAUGCUAGAAGCUUGUAUCCGAGAGGAAAGAUGGGAUGAUUUCGAGUAUGCAUAUGAGCAGAUGCUGCUGCAUCGACAUCCUUUCAAUACCAAGCGGCAUCUUUGGAUGGUCUUAAAAGCUUCUGCUUCUGGAAAGGUUGAAACAGUUGAAGCAACAUGGAGGCACUUGGUGCAAGCUGAUCAUAUCCCGCCACCAAAACUCAUUAAAGAAAGGUUUAGAUUAAAAAUGGAGAAUGACAAUCUAGUCGAAGCAGUUUCAAGCGUUGCUUGCCAUCCUUCUAGUCAUCAGCAGUCAUUCUCAAAGGAGGCAUGGUUAAAGUUAUUCGAGGAAAAUGCACAUUGUUUCAAGAAAGAAGCUCUUGAGCACUUGAUAUCUGAGGUGAACAACUUUCUCACCAAGAGCGAGACACCAAACCUCAUUUUCCAGAAUCUGCUCGACUCUUGCACGGAAUUUGUUAAGGAUGACAACUUAGUAGCUAGUUCAACUUGAAUAGACAAAGCCCUUGUAAAAUUUCGAUGUUAGGAUUUCCCUUGUUUUAGAGGAAGAUGUUCGACAUUAUAGUUAAUUACUUGUAUUGAUUUUAUUUGUAGUAUCUAACAUGCUCAAAUUUUGUAAAAUGGGAGAAUAAAAUUUGUAGAUAUGUCGUAAAGGUUCGAGCAUGUUAGUCAUGUACUCAUCUUCUUACUUACCCACAAUUCAAAUAUAUAAUUGUACUACUGGGGAGCA